AACUCAAUGGACAUGAGUUUGAGUAAACUCUGGGUGUUGGCGAUGGACAGGGAGGCCUGGUGUGCUGCAGUCCAUGGAGUCGCAGAGCUGGACAUGACUGAGCAGUCGACUGAACUGAACAUAACUGAGAUGUAGUUAGAGCCAUGAGACUGGAUGAGAUCACUAAUGGGUUCAAGAUGUGAAAGAAGAUAUUUAAGGAGUGAGGUCUGAGUCACACCAGUAUUAAGAGGUGAGGGGAGAUAAGAAGGAACCAGCAAGAGACUAAAAUGGAGCAGUCAGUGAGGUAAGAGGAGAACCAUAAGAGUAUCUCAUCAAGGAAGUCAAGCAAAGCAUUUUCAAAGAGGAAGAAGUGAUCAACUAUGUAAAUUGCCAUUGAUAGGUCAAGUAAGGUGAGGAUUGAGAAUUGAUCUUUAGAUUCCUUGGUGACCAGGUAAGUGCAGUUUUAAAAGAGUGUUGUAGGGGAAAACCUGAUCAGAAUGGGUUUAAGGGUGUUUGAAAAAUUGGAUACAGCAAGUACUGUGCAGACAACUGUUUUUGAAGAGUUUUGCUCUCAAGGGGUAUAUAAAGAAAGAUAUGGUUGCUAAAGUAGAAGUAAAAAUAAAGUUUCUACUUUUUAAGAGAGAAUAACAGUAUAUUUAUAUACUAGUAGGAAUGAUCUAGUAGUUGUUUUUGCUUAGUUCUCAACUGUGUCUGACUUUGUGACCCUUUGGACUAUAGCCCACCAGGCUCCUCUGUCCAUGGGAUUUUUCAGAUGAGACUACUGGAGUAGGUUGCCAUUUCCUCCACCAGGGCAUCUUCCUGACGAGGGAUCGAAUCCACAUCUCCUGUGUCUCCUGCAUUUCAGCCAGAUUCUUUACUCUCUGAGCCAGUGGGGGAGACCAUAUUUAUAUACUAGUGAGAAUGAUCUAGUGGACAGAAACAAUAAUGCAAGAAGAAAGUGAGAAGAAUUGCCAGAGUGAUGUCCUUGAAAAGGCCAAAGCGGGAAAGUCACUCUGGAUACGUUUAAUUCCUGCAGCAACGAUUGUGACAUGCAUUAGAGACUCAGUAGCCAAGGUUUCUUCUAGAGGACCAGUCACCUGGACACCUUGUGCCUGUGCCUCCCAUGUGCCAAAAUCCCAACAAAAAUAAGGCAGAAGGGUCAAGAAUUUGCUCCAAAAAGUGUGGCAAUCAUCGGUCAUUCUAUGGGUGGCCUUGUUGCAAGAGCAUUGCUUACACUGAAAAAUUUUAAACACGAUCUGAUCAAUCUUCUUGUUACACAAGCCACACCUCAUGUUGCUCCUGUGAUGCCAUUAGAUCGUUUCAUUACAGAUUUUUAUAUGACUGUAAACAACUAUUGGAUUUUAAAUGCUAGACAGAUAAAUUUAACCACACUUUCUGUAGCUGGAGGAUUCCGGGAUUACCAAGUUCGUUCAGGACUGACUUUUCUACCACAAUUAAGCCAUCAUACCAGUGCCUUAUCUGUUGUGAGUUCAGCAGUGCCUAAGACAUGGGUCUCAACAGACCACCUCUCCAUUGUAUGGUGUAAACAAUUGCAAUUGACUACAGUUCGAGCAUUCUUUGAUCUUAUUGAUGCUGAUACUAAACAAAUAACUCAAAAUCCCAAGAAGAAAUUGUCGGUUUUGAAUCACCAUUUUAUAAGACACCCAGCAAAACACUUUGAGGAAAAUCCAUCAAUAAUUUCUGACUUAACAGGAACAUCUAUGUGGGUUCCAGUAAAAGUGUCCAAAUGGACAUAUGUGGCUUACAAUGAAUCUGAUAAGAUAUAUUUUACCUUUCCCCUUGCAAAUCAUAGAAAAAUCUACACUCAUGUCUAUUGUCAGAGCACCAUGCUGGAUACAAAUAGUUGGAUUUUUGGCUGCAUAAACAGCACUUCUAUGUGCCGGCAAGGGGUUGAUUUAUCAUGGAAAGCUGAACUGCUGCCAACAAUUAAGUCUCUGACGUUAAGACUUCAAGACUAUCCAUCUUUGUCUCAUCUUGUUGUUUAUGUACCAUCUAUUCAUGGAAGUAAGUUUGUUGUAGAUUGUGAAUUCUUUAAAAAAGAAACAAGAUCCAUACAGCUUCCUGUAACUCAUCUUUUUUCCUUUGGAUUGUCUUCAAGGAAAGUGAUAUUAAAUACAAGUGGUCUGUUCUAUAAUAUAGAGCUUCUGAACUUUGGACAGAUAUACCAAGCUUUUAAAAUCAACGUGGUAAGCAAGUGCUCAGGAGUCAAAGAAGAAAUUACUAGUAUCUAUAAGCUUCAUAUUCCCUGGUCUUAUGAAGAUUCACUAACCAUUGCACAGGUUCCAUCUUCCACUGAAAUUUCUGUGAAACUCCAUAUUGCUCAACCCGAUAAUGACAGCCAUGUAGCAUUACUAAAAAUGUACACAUCAUCAGACUGUCAAUAUGAGGUGACAGUUAAGACUUCCUUUUCACAAAUACUUGGACAGGUAGUUAGAUUUCAUGGUGGAGCGCUUCCUGCUUACGUCAUAUCUAGUAUCCUUCUUGCUUAUGGAGGACAGUUAUACUCUCUUUUCUCAACAGGUCAUUGCUUAGAAUAUGCUACUAUGUUGGAUAAAGAAGCCAAACCAUACAAAGUUGAUCCUUUUGUAAUUAUGGUUAAGUUUCUGUUGGGAUAUAAAUGGUUUAAAGAAUUAUGGGAUAUGUUACUGUUACCAGAAUUAGAUGCCAUCGUUUUAACUAGUCAGAGUAUGUGUUUCCCCCUUGUAUCUUUGAUUCUUUUUCUGUUUGGAACAUGUACUGCCUACUGCGGUGGCCUACUCUCUUCUACAUCUGUGAGACUUCUUUCUUCAUUGUGGCUAGCUUUGAAAAGGCCCUCUGAACUUCCUAAAGAUAUCAAGAUAAUAUCACCAGACUUGCCCAUUUUGACAAUUAUUUUUAUCCUCAUUAGCUGGACAACUUGUGGAGCCUUUGCCAUACUUCUUACUUAUCUUUACUAUGUGUUUAAGAUUGUUCAUCUGCAAGCCAGCCUAACAAUGUUUAAAAACAGUCAGACUGUGAAUCCCAAACACUCUAGAAGAAGUGAAAAAAAAUCCAAUCACCAUAAAGACUCUGCAGUACACCAUCUCCGCUUAUCUGCCAGUGAUGCUGAAGAUAGUCUUCGCAUGCACAGUACUUUGAUUAACUUAUUAACAUGGAUUGUAUUACUCAGCAUGCCAUCUUUAAUUUAUUGGCUUAAGAAUCUUAGGUAUUACUUUAAACUUAAUCCUGAUCCAUGUAAACCUUUGGCAUUUAUCCUUAUUCCAACUAUGGCAAUUCUUGGAAAUACUUACACUACUUCAAUAAAGUCAAGUAAAUUAUUGAAGACUACUUCACAGUUUCCACUUCCUCUGGCUGUUGGUGUGAUUGCUUUUGGGUCAUCACAUUUAUACAGGGUUCCAUGCUUUGUCUUCAUUCCUCUUUUACUCCAUGCAUUAUGCAACUUUAUGUAAGAUUGAAUUUAAGGAAUGAUAAAGAUGAUUUAUGCCUUUAGGGACAGUAUUAAGUGGGAACAACACAGAUCCAUCAGUGUCGACAGCAAGAUCCUUUGGAGAAGACAAGUCUAUUUUUACAAUGUUGAAGAUAGGAAAUUCGUUUUGUAAUGCUUGAGGAAAGUAGCUGAAGCAUGGUUUUGUUUUGUGGUAUGGCAUCUGUGUACUAGUCAUUUUUUAAAAAUUAGUAAAAGGAUAUGGUGGCCACUGUCUUUGAGGACUUCUCUGCAGAGCUAGUCUGCUUGAUUGGCCAUGCCAGGAUCUUCUCCUAAAUACUCAGUAAAUGUAGCAUUGUUUUUUGUCUCAUCACCUCAAACAUUCUGCUCAUUUCAUCAAGCUUUCUUCUGAAAAGUGGGUUACUUUGUAUUUGCUAUACUAUAUAUAUUGAAAAAUAAGUCUUAAAAGAUUAAUGAAAUUUAAACUGCUUUAUCAGAAAUAAAAUAGCCACAAUCUUUAGUUUUUGGCAGUCAGAGUGAACAAAAUAGAUCUUUUGUUUUCUUACAUCUAUGAAAAUAUGCUUUAAGUUCAAAAGAGACAUGUUUUCUUGAUAACCAAGCAAGAUUGGUGAAUCGAAGCAUAAUUCAAAUAUAAAACUUAAUGAAAAUUUCUUCUUGCUUUUCAAAUAAGAAUCUUAUUUUGUGUUCUUAGUGAUUAUCAGGAGACUAUUGAAGAGAUGUAUUGCUAAAUUUGAAGCAAAUUCUCACAGAUAUUUACCUAUAGGCAUUGGAGCAGUUCAGUCAUUCAGUCUGUACCAUUUUAUUUAAUUCAGUGACCCCAUGGUUGCCAAGUGUCUCUGGUCAUGAUGGAUCAUUAAAAUAACUAAAUUCCAGUAGUCAGAAAAAAAACUCUGCAUUUGCACAGUUUUUGUCUCCUAUAGGGAGAAAAAUCAGCAUGAUCAAGUGCAGUACUACAUUUAAUGUAUAGAAUUAAACUAUUAAUGGAAUAACAGUUUUCCACUGUUAUUCCAUUAAUAGCAUAAGUAUACACAAUAUACCUGAAUAAGUUGGAGUAUUUAGUCACUAGGUUUAAUAGUAGAAUCUUAAUUUGCCAAGGUAAUUACUAUUUGACAGAUAAGAGUAAUAUUACAUUUCAUUUCAGAUUUCAGCUCGUUUUUAAAAAGUAGAUAUAAUUCAGGCUGGGGUAUACCGGGUGAUAGAGUCCUUCCUUCCGAUGUGUAUGCUGUAAAUACCCAAAACCUUUCAAGUAUAGUCCUUAACGUUCCAGUAACUUCACAGUUGCACUUGUGAACUUGUGUCCUUGUUAGUGCCAAGGAAUGUCCAAGAGUACCAGGUUCAUUUUACCUGCCAUUGCAACUGAAUUCCAUUACAGCCUCUCAGCUGUUACUGCGUAUUAGAGAGUCACCCCCAUUUUACUGCGUGUAGAGGAUUACCUCACUUCUUUUCUAAGUUGUCCGUCAGGUCGUUACUGUUUUAUCAUCAUUUGAAGAGGAUCUUGCUGUCAUCUCUGAGAGUUAUGAGUUUUUUUAUUCUAUUGUUCUCUUUCUCAGCUUUAUGUUCAGUAUUCAUAUUUUCAUUUACUGGGAUCAUUAAAGGGAAGUGAUAACCUUAUAAUAGACAUGGCAGGCAUACCAGGCUCUUGUUUGUUUGCUAAAAGUAGCAAAAGGGAUUAAAAUAAAAUAAUGCUUGUGUGUUCAAACCUGAAAAGAAAGAGUACACUUUCCCAUGACAUGUCACAUACAUAUUUAAACAAGGAUACAUAUGCCUAGGUUUAGCUAUACACAUGCUCAUAACAGCUUUUGCACAUAGGAUGUCUUUUGUUUUUUCACUCAGGUGUAGUUGUAUUUCAAGUUACAGGUUAAAUAUGUCAUUUAAAUAUUUCUAAAUUUGAACUUAGUUCCAUAUACAGAACUAAGCAAAUUCAUUAAUUAGAAUCUUCUAAUUUGGCCUGUACUUUCAUCACAAUUGACAGCUAUAAUUGUGUUUAUGUGAUCUAAAGUCUCCUUGUUUAGUCAUUUCUGCUCAUCGGUAAAAUGUAACAAGCUUAAAUUUCUCAUUUGUGGGUAGUGUGUUAGCUUUUUAAAGCAGCAUAUUAGGCACACUAAUUUUCAUGAAAAUAUUUUCACGUGAGUGUAGUUACCAUGUAGUCCUAAAGUCUUAUUCAAACAAAAUAUUUCGUUUUAGGACCACAGAAAGGAUUCUAAUUAAGCAUGUAUAAACAACAGUCGUUUGGGUUCUUAUACAUAAUUCACACACACACACACACACACACACAGAUUCAUUUUCACAGGGUCUUCAUCAAGUCCUAAUGUAAUUUAAACCCAAAUAACUAUCAGAGAUGAGAAGGUAGGCUCUUUCUGAAGAUUAGUAAAACUAAUGUUUCUAUCACUUGAGAAAAUGAAAGUCCCUUGUCUUUAAAUUACACAUUCUUUCAAGCAUACCUAAGACCUAUAUUAUUAGCUGGCAAAACAGCACAGGUUUAUCAGAAAUGUUACUAAAAAUAAAACUUUGUUGGCAGUUAGGGAUUGUCUCAUUUAGAAAAUUUCUGAGCUUUGUUGGCAUAACAUAUUUAUUUAGAUUUUUUUGAGUUUUUAACUUAUAAAAAUUACUCCUAGACCCUAUUGUUGAUACCUAGAUCAAAUAAAGCCUGGACUGGACAAACACUGAGUACUUUCAGUGUUUCUAAAGACUCCUCUGGAGUUACUACUGUUACAAUUUGGAGCAGAUAAUAUGAUAGAAAUUAUUAACACUUUUUUCUUUAUCUUUUUCAUGUUAGAAAGUACACAAUUUCUGCUAGCUUUUUUCUUGAUUCUCACCAGAAUGAAAGUAUUUAAAACACUAGUCCUAAAAAAAAACCAUUUGUGCCUGAUUAACACUGACUUUGUGUCUCUUCAGUAUAUAUUGAUCAUGUAUUGAUUAAUCUUUAAUUUUUUUUAUAUUUCAGUCAGAUAAGUUCCUAUGUAUAUAAUGGAGUACUUCUCGUUUGAACUACAUUAUAAUAUCUGCAUGAUUAUACAGUAGGGAAAAGAAAUAAAGAACUAUACUAGGCCUAGUAAAUGUUUUUUGUUGAUUAUCCUGCCACUCACGCAGAUGCUACACAUUGACACCACACAUACAUACUUUCAUGUGACAGAUUAUCUGAUUUGUUCAUUAUCUAUCUAGUUCCCAUUCUUAACUCUUCAGGUUUUUCACUUACAGCAUAGUGUAUUCUUUUUACCUCACUGUUGAUUAGCAUCUCUUACAGAAGGUGGUCAAGGGAAAUAAAACAAUUAAAGGUAAAACUCAGUUUUCAGUUUAUUCUUGAAAGCUCUGGAGAAAUAGGAAAACAGAAAUGAUGAGGUAAGCUAGAACUGUUGAUUCCUGAAUCCCAGACCAUUCAGUUGGCCUGUAUUAUAUGUCUUGCUUUGUUGUGAGGUUUAGAGCAAAACCUUACAGUGCCACAUUUGCAAUAUUUUAGUAACUUGUUAUUAAAACUAGUUGGGAAGAAUUUUUUUUAAUGUAUAGGGACUUCCGUGACUAAGGUAUUUGUUGAUUAUUUUUUAUCAUCAGUUUGUGUUUUCUCUGUGUUUUAGAUUUAUGAAAUUAUAGGAAACAAGAUAACCUUGUGAAGUUUUUUUUUUUUUUUUGGGGGGGGGUCAAUUUGAAGAGUAUAGUACUCCCCAGGAAUAAAAGAAGCAAUAAAAGUCUUUGUGUUAUGAAAUUAGACCCAGACAGAAAGCUUCUUGCCAUGUAAGGUAAAUGUAGAAGAUACUUUUACAAAAUGCUAAGAUAAUUAGGAGCUGAAAUUUUAUCCCAGUAUUUUGGAACAAAGGACAUUUCAAGUUCUGUAAUGAACUUUUGCUUAUACAUUAUUACUCAUGCAUUCUUUCACAGUAUAUUUUAACAGCCUGAGGAAAUAGAAAGCUUGUAAGGCUACUUAUGUUCUUUACUUUUAAUAAGAAUAAUAGGAAAGAAAAGUCAAAUCAGUAAUCCAAAUCUGAAUAUGUGUACUCUAAAUGCUCAAGAAUUCACAUUUUUUAUAAAUUAUAUUAUGAUUACAGAUGACUGAAUUUUAUAUAUUAGUAACUUAGUCUGAAGAAUGGAACAAAAUUUGGAAAUAAACUGUUAUUUCAUUUAUAGUAGAAAUGUAGCAAUAUACCUGAAUUGGUAACAUCACUUUAAAAAGUUAGAUGAUAUUCUAAGCUAUUGAUACAUCUUGAUUACGUUGUGUCUAGCUGAAAUUUUUUAAAUCAAGUGCAGUACUUUCUAAAAGUGUUUCGCAUGUUAUGCUGCCAAAAAUGACUAUGUUUUGAAAUACCAAGUAACCAGUUAAUUUCUAAUGAACUUUGUAUGGGACUUGAUAUAUAUGAGUCAGAUUUAUUCUGUGCUCAUUCUGUACAUUGUAACUUGGAACACUUGUGAAAAACUGUAUCUGUUGAUGUAGUUUGAUUAGUUAGUGCAGAUUUGUUUGCAUAUGUGAACCCUAAUCCUAGUUUAAGAACUCUAGAAGUAGCCAUUUUUGUAAAGUUCAUAUGCUAAUUUUUUUGGUGUUAUUUUGGUUUUUAGUAUUUAUAUAGUAGAAAUGUUACUACUAAAAGAUUUACAGACAAAGCAUAGAACUAUUGUUCAAAAGCCUAAAUGAUAGGCAUGUUUUGUAUUUAAUGUUGUACUUGUUUUGUUUCAUAUUGGACUUUUUACAUCCCUUUUUUUAGGGGAAAAAACCACAUUUGAAUUUUUUUUUAGCAUAAAGCUCUGCAUUGAAAAUAGAACUGUAUUCAUAUGGUUAGCAAAACACACUUUGCCACCAAAGCUAAAUGAAAUUUUAAAAUACCUCCAGAUAUCUGUGCCAAUGAACUUUUCUUACCAUAUUGGGAUUAAAGCAAAAAUAAUCUUUUCAGUAUUUUUCUUCUAGGACUUAUAUUAAAUAUGCAAAUCAUCAAAAUUUAUAUUCUGUAUCCUGAUUUUUCUUUGAAAAUAUAUAAAGCUUAUAGCAUAGUGUAUUCUAUUUUGUCUGAUUUCUGAAAUAGUGUUUUCUGGUUUUAUUGGAUGAAAAUUAGUUUACCUGAUAAUGAUCUUUCAGUAAUUGGUUGAAGAAAUCAUUUUAGGUAAUCUUGUUUCAGAUUCAUUCUGUAAAACUUUAAAUUCUAUUGCCCUGAUCAUUUUUAGUACAGGUAUCUCUCAUUUAUGUAAUAGAAAGUUUUUUGUGGAAUUUCUUUUAUUUUCUAUGUUUUUCCAUUCAUUCCCUUUCUACAGUCACACAGGGGAAAUUUAUCCACUGGAAUGCAACAUAGUACAAUGAAGUAAGCACUGUAAAAUGCAUCUUAAAAGAAAAUGUAAAGACAAUCAAGAUGUUAAUGCUGAAGUGUUAACAUUGAUGUGGUAGUGUACUCAUGAGAGAAAAGCUGGAAUAUGAUAGAUUCAGAAACUGUUGUGUUUAUAUGGUUGAAAUUCUUUAAUUUCUCUACUAUAGAAAUUUUCACAGGGAAUUUCAGUCCCUCAUAUUACGGUUUUCCCCAUAAUUUAAUGUCAUUUAACUGUUUCUCUGCCCAAUCAUGUUGAUGCAGUUUGCAUAAGUAGCCUUGGAAGUAAAGAAGCAACAGAUAAAGCCAAAUAUUAAAGUGUUUGGCCUUGAUUAUCCAAUUAUCUGGUGAGGGUAGAUGAUAAUAAAAAGAUGAUGUAUAAGAUCUAAAAAUUCAGUGAACAUUAUUUUUGGAAUGAGUUUGUCCUUUGUGUUGAAUAGUUUUGUCCUAAAUAGGAGAUGCCUGUAUUUAACAUAACCAUGUUUUCUUUAUAAUCAGAUAUGUAUUUGUUGGAAUAUUGGUACAAAUAAUCUUCUCUGCCUCUACUGUAGAAGGAGAAAAAUCCAGUUUUUAGUGUACAUAAAUUAAGAAAUUGUGUAUUUACAUUUUAAAAAAUAUAAAAAUGAUUUAGAUAUAUUGUUUUGAAGUGAUUGUAUUACCAUUUCUUAAGCUUAUGGCUAACUAUAAAUGUAGCAACAUACCCAUGAAAAACCAGACCAAAAUUGAAUGCAUAUUAACACUGUGACCUUGAACUUAUAGUUGUUUGGGAUAAAAUAGACCGUGCCUUAAAAUGCUGAAAGAAUGCCCUGAAGUUUUAUAAUUAUAUAUUUUAGUAUUGGUGGUCUUCUCAAAUUGGCCCCAAAUCCUUUUGUUUGAGGCUGGUGAAGUAAAAAAUUUUAAAUAACAUUUAAUCAGUAUUUCCCUUAGUAUAAGCUGAACUAUUGCUCCACAGGCCUCUCUUAAUUUCCAUAGUUCCCAUUUCAAAUGAAAAUUAACUUCAUAGAUGUAAAAACUAAGUUUGGCUACAGUUUUUGAAAAUAAAUUUAUUUUAGGAAAAGGUGGCAUUUCUGAGAUUAAUACAUGAAAACAUAACCUACAAGUGUAUUUUUUUGUCUUUUUAAUGAAUAAUUAUCAAAGACAUGAAUUCUUCUUUAAGACAUGUACUUAUUUUUUUUCCUCAGAUUAUUGAGCCUUGUAUAUCAAAGAUAGUUUAGCCAAUAAUGAUUUUUCAUUAAAUAUAAACUCAGAUUCAUGUAUAUAUUUAAACAUUAUUUUCCCUUUUACUUUUUUCUUCCUAGUUAUUUUUAAGAUACCAAGAGAAAACUGGCCCCAGUUUUUUAUGGAUUUUCUUUUAAUGUAAAGACUUACAUUUUUAUUAUGCUUAUUUAGAAUAAUGGAUAUAAUUUCAGUCAAAACAAAUCGUUCCAUUCAUAGGACGUUCAUGGUCUCUGCUAAAAGAUGCCCAUAUCUCUGUGUACUCAGAAUUUUUUGUAUAUUUUUUAUUUAUAAUUUUGAACAUAAACUCAGCAUUUUUCUUUCUUCUCAUUUAACCUCCACUACCUCCCAUCAAAGACAAAAAUAUAGGUUUCUCUGAAAGUGUGUAGAAAGAAAAUGUCUUUCCUUAAAGCGUGGUCAAAUUGAGAUGGAAAUAGUUUGGGCAAGGGUAUGUAAUACAGUAAGAUACAUGGCUGUCAUGUCAACCUGCAUCAGUUUCUAUAUUAUAGUUAAAAGUUUAUAGAGGACAAACUAUGUGUUAGACUGAGAUAGACUCAGUAAUCAUUAAUUUGCAAAUCAGUAAUUUUAUUCUCAUUCAGAAAAUGUAGCACAUAAUAAUACUUAGCAGUGCAAAACAAUUCAUCCUAUAAUAUAUACUGAAAAGUGAUUGUCAUCUUGCAGAUUUUUCCUUUGAAACAUGCAUGACCUUCGCCAGUACUUUGUACAAAAUGUAUGGUAUACUAAAUAUAUUUAUGUGUAAUUUUGUGUGUACUUUUUGUAUGAUUAUAAUUAACAUUAUUACAUUUAACUAGUUGUAAUUCACAAAAAGUGCUAUUUAUUGUACUCUGUAGAGUGUUGUGAGUGUUUUUAUCUGUGUUUCAAUGUUAUGGUGUAGGGUUUAAUAGAUGAAUAUUUGCCUUCAGUCUCCGCUCAGGUAUUAAUGUGUAGCAUUAUUUGGUGCUUUCUUUUUAAUCUGUCAUAAUUUGAUGUUCUGAAUGUUCAACAAUAAAUUUGGUGACCAAAAACA